UACCCUUAAAACUUUCUUCCUUUUUUAUUAAUAAAAAGACAAUUACUUUAGUGAAAUUUCAACGCUCAUUUUACGUAACAAUGGAGCCCUUUCAAGAUUCUUUCAGGUGGAAAUAUGGCUUGCAACCUCUGGAAUACGAUGAUGCUGGUAAAGUUGUUAGUGCUUACUGCAAGUUUUGUAGAAGUGCUACUCUGACAGAUUCUUCAGUUCAUUCAUCUGAUAAGGACGAACAGGGGACUCCCUUAAAAAAAAGAAGUCAAGUGGUUGUGACAGUUUUUGAAAACUUUCAAGACAAUAAUAUCGUUUCACACUUGGAGUCGGCCCAUCACACUAUCUGGAAAAGUUUCAAGCAAAAAUCGGAAAAUGAAAAAAAGAAUUUUUUUUCAGAAAAAGACCUCUCUGGACCUAGCCGCUGUCGUACUGAAAGUGAUUCCAUGGGAGACAUAGAGAUUGAUACUGCGAACUAUUGGGGUGCGCAGACUCAGCGUUCGUUAUAUUUUUUUAAUAUUGGAAACGACCAUUUUCCCAGAGUAAUGAUAAGAGCUUUGGGCAUAUUAAAAAAGGCUGCCGCGCUCACCAACAAGCAACUCGGGCUUCUUACUUCAGAAAAGGCCCAUCUCAUCUGCACUGCGGCGGAUGAAGUAAUUGAAGGAAAACUGGAUGCACAUUUUCCUUUGCACGUUUGGCAAACAGGAAGUGGCACUCAAACAAACAUGAACGCGAACGAAGUAAUAGCAAACCGGGCCAUCGAGCUUAGCGGCGGAAAGGUCGGCUCAAAGACUCCAAUUCACCCUAACGACGACGUUAACCGCGGGCAAUCGUCCAACGACACGUUUCCGACGGCCAUGCAUAUUGCUGCUGCCGAAGUGACUGUUUACCGCGUUCUGCCAAACGUAAAGUCCCUCAGAAACGCCCUCGAAGCAAAGUCUGCCGAGUUCAAAGGUAUUAUCAAGUGCGGAAGGACGCACAUGAUGGAUGCUGUUCCUUUGUCGCUCGAGCAGGAAUUCGGCGGUUACGUUGCUAUGCUUGAUAUCGGAAUUCAACAGCUGGAAACAUCACUAAAUUUUGUUUACCAAUUGGCGCUUGGAGGGACUGCGGUGGGGACAGGCCUGAACACUCAUAAAGACUAUGCAACGAUCAGCGCUCAAUUCAUAAGCAAAUUGACGGGGCUCCCCUUUGUGACUGCUCCCAACAAAUUUCAAGCGUUGAGCGGGCACGAGCCAUUGGUUGGUCUUCAUGCGUCGUUCCGGUGCAUUGCGUCUUCCCUUCAUAAAAUCGCCAAUGAUAUCAGGUUAAUGGGGAGCGGCCCACGAUGUGGAAUAAGUGAACUUGUGUUGCCUGCGAACGAGCCUGGUAGUUCUAUAAUGCCCGGAAAAGUCAAUCCGACUCAGUGCGAAGCGCUCACAAUGGUUGCCGCUCAGAUCGCAGGAAACGACGUUGCUGUUGGCUUUGGGGCCAUGUGCGGUCAUUUCGAGCUCAAUGUUUACAAGCCGCUCAUCAUUCACAACAUCUUGCAGAGUGCGACUUUACUUGCUGAUAGUACUCGCAAUUUUGAACGCCACUGCGUGAAAGGAAUUCGUGCGAAUAAAGAAAUGAUACAAAAGCAUCUCUCCAAUUCAUUGAUGCUGGUAACUGCCCUCAACCCGCACAUUGGCUACGACAAUGCCGCAAAAAUAGCUAAACUGGCUAACUCAAAGGGAAUUUCUCUCCGCGAGGCCGCCGUCUUGAGCGACUUAUUAACUGGAGAGCAGUUCGACGAGCUCGUCAAACCAGAAAACAUGAUUUAAAACAUGAC